AUGGACGAACCUGCACCCUUGCGCUGGUCGAGCGCAUUACCCGUCGUAAACCCCUCCACGAUAGCGACCAAGAAUCUCCGAGGCGACAAGAUCCUCCUUCCUCAAUCCGCCCUCGAACAACUCCUCGCCGCCGCACGAUCUCUACCUUCGACGACCACACGAUCAGAUCCAUGGUCCGCACACAGCGAUGUCGAUAGCGCGCAACAACUACCGAACCCGUUAAUAUUCCGACUCGUGAACCCAAAGAACAAGAAUGCCGUGUUUGCAGGUAUCAGGGAGUUUUCCGCUACAGAGGGCACAAUGGGCUUGAGUCCAUGGUUAACGGAAGCUCUGGGCAUACAAGAAAACGAAUAUGCGUCUCUAAAAGAAGUUAUAGACUUAGAGCAGGACCCGGCGCAGCUCGACGGCAUUCAAAUCAAGGUCGAGGCGCGACAAUUGCCCAAGGGCACAUACGUGCGAUUCAGACCCUUGGAAGCAGGUUACAAUCCCGACGACUGGAAAGCGCUACUUGAACGACAACUACGAGAGAAUUUUACAACACUUAGCAAAGGUUCAAUGAUAGCGGUUAAGGGCGCGCACGGGGAGGAGUUCAAGCUGCUCGUAGACAAGGUUGCGCCCGAAGGAGAUGGCAUCUGCGUGGUGGAUACCGAUCUUGAAGUCGAUAUUGAAGCUUUGGAUGAGGAGCAGGCACGAGAAACACUACGACGGAUCAUGUCCGAACAGCGAGGGCCUACGGGCAGUUCAACAGGCGGCGAAAUUGAUGUCUGGAAGGCUGUUGAUGGGCAAGUUCUUGAGGGUGGAUACGUCCACUACACGCUUCCUUCAUGGAACAAAUCGCAAGCGCUCGCCAUCGAACUGAAUACCGACGAAGAAGACUAUGCGCUUGAUUUAUUUGUUACCCCAAAUUCUCCUCGACAGCGGGGUCAGCCGCGGGAGGGCGUACAUGUCUUUGGGGACUUUUCACCUACAAUUAACGGCGUCAAGAGGAUCGUGAUAAGUCCUACCAAUGUCGAACUCGAGGGCGCGGAACAGAUUGCGAUAUCGGUACAUGCAUACAGACACCCAGAUGCCAUGGAUGGGCCGGAAAAGACAUUACAGUAUACGUUACGAGCGAAAGUGGAUUUACCAGUCGAACAAGGCGCGCCGAACGGAGCAUCGAAUGGAGCCGACGACAAAGAGCGCUCGCCUGAUGAGGAGCAGUGCAGCAACUGUUUACAGUUCAUACCCAAACGAACAAUGAUGCUUCAUGAGAACUUUUGUCGGAGGAAUAACAUUGUAUGCCAAGGCUGCAAAGGCGUCUUCAAGAAGGGUUCUCCGGAAUGGGAGGCACAUUGGCACUGCGACAAAGACGACGCGUUUGGCAACUCGACGAUAAGCAAGGAGAAGCACGACUAUGUCUUUCACACAGAACGACAAUGCCCCAAUUGCGAGUUUUCGACAAAUUCGUUGCCUGACUUGGCGAGACACUGCACGACCGUGUGUCCUGGAAAAAUAAUCCUCUGUCGCUUCUGCCAUCUUGAAGUCCCUCAAGAAGGAGACCCCUUCAAUCCCAGUCCAGAGGUACUCAUGUCUGGAUUAACAGCCCACGAAUUAGCAGACGGCACGCGCACAACAGAGUGUCACCUAUGCGAUAAGAUCGUUCGUCUAAAAGACAUGGAGACACAUCUCAAACACCACGAGCUCGACAAGGUAUCCCGUUUAAAACCACCAGUAUGCCGCAACGCCAACUGUGGAAGAACAAUGUUUGGCGUCGGAUCAAGAGGCCAAGUCCGCCAAGCUCCAUCCGAGGACCAAGCCUCCAACGAUAUUGGUCUUUGUUCUAUUUGUUUUGGUCCACUGUACGUUAGCAUGCACGACCCCGAAGGCAAAGCCCUCAAGCGCCGCAUCGAAAGACGCUAUCUAGGUCAACUCAUGACGGGCUGUGGUAAGACGCACUGCGCCAACGAGUGGUGUAAAACAGGGCGGGUUAAUGCAGGUCUUGAUGCGAAGCCUUCGAGCGCGAGGGAGGUGUUGCCAAUGGUGAAGCCGCUGCUGGCUGAUGUUACGGAUAUGAGUAAGGCGUUGUACUUUUGCGUGGAUGAGGGGAGUCAGAGGGGGAGGAAGCUGGCUGAGAUGAUGGCGGGUGAGGGGGUUUGGGAUGUUGAGUGGUGUAUUGCUGCGGCGGAGGCUGAAAAGGGGAGUUUGGAUAGGAUGAGGGAUUGGUUACAGGCUUGGGCGCCGACGAGGUAG